UGCCCGAGAGAGAGAGAGAGACACGGAAUUCUUUGGCCUGGUUUAAGGAAGGGCAGAGCAGGAGCCGACCAGCAGCCCCCUGGCAAGCGAUGGGUGCCUGCCUUUGCCCCUCGGAUGGCCCAGAUGACGCUAGCGAACCACCCUACGGGCCCCUGUUCUUCCACCCUUACAUCAAAGGGUCCCAGAUCAUUCUGGACGAGUCUCACUGCAUCGCCAGCAGAGUGGCCACUUUCCAUGAUGGCAUCGUCUUCUCCAACCGGCCCAUUGAGCCCUAUGAGAAGGUGACCAUGAAAAUCUUAAAGGAAGAAGGCAACUGGCACGGUGGCUUGCGGGUGGGCUUCACCUGGGAGGACCCUUCCCUCAUUGACCCCAGCGAGCUGCCUCCGUAUGCUUGCCCAAACCUGAUCAUACGAGGGAAGAGUCGUGCUGGGGUCUUACCGGACGAGUACGGAGCAGAAGGCACCGUCGUCAGCUUCUGGGUGGACAGCCAAGGCUGCGUUUUCUGCAGCAUCAACCAGGAGUCGGAAGGUUCCUUGCUUUUAGAUGGUGUCUCAGUCACAUCGCCACUCUGGGCCAUUGUGGACAUCUAUGGAAGGACCAAAGCAGUCCAGCUCCUGGAUCCCACGAGCCUCUCCACAAAUGCUGACAAGCUCCACCUGCUGAUGUGGACACUAGAUUUGCGGAGCGAGUCCCCCUGCCAGCAUUUGCAGAACCUGCCUGAGGAACGCACCGGUGACGACUGUGCUAUAUGCUUUGGCUACAAGGCCAACACGAUGAUGCUUCCGUGCUCUCAUGCCAGCUUCUGCUCCUGCUGCUCCUUGAAGAUACUCAAGACCAGCGGCAGAUGCCCGUUGUGUCGGCAGAAGGUGAAGAGACUCCUUCACAUCUCGGUUUUGGCUGAGAGAGAGAGCCCGGACGUCUGGUUGGAAGAUGGAAAACAUAUCCAGCUCCCUCGGUGACAAAGCGCAGCCCCUCCUGAUGCUCUGGAAAGGAGCUGAUCUUGACAGGAACACGCAGCAACCAGAAAGCUGGAGGAAGCAGAGCGGACUUCAAGGCGAUGCAAGCUACAAAGGGCUCUGCGUGUACUGAGAGUGAACGAAACGGGCUGGUUGCGAGAGAUCUCCUAGGGCCAGCCUCCCAGGAAAUCAGCCUCCAGGAAAUGAGAGCGGGGAGAAGCAUGUAAAACUCUCCACUUCAUAAAAAGAGACUUUUUCAAAGCAGAGCAUCAGGGUGGUGGAGCUAGAAGGGCAACUUCUAGAAGAGCCACUUGAGAGCCAGUGUGGUGCAGUGGUUAGGGUGUUGCACUGGGACUCGGGAGAUCUGGGUUCUAGUCCCACUCGGCCAUGAAGCUCACUGGGUGACUUCAGGCCAGUGACUGAUUCUUAACCUAAUCCACCUCACAGGGUUGCUGUUGUGAGGAUAAAAUGGAGGAGGAUCAGGUAGACUGCCUUGGGCUCCAGGGAAGGCAGGAGGGAUAUAAACGUGACAAAUAAAAAAAACAUCAAUAUUCAAUAUUAGGACUGAAACAAGGUAGGGGAAGCAAGGCUUGGCUUAUUUGUGAAGUUGUCC